AUGUUACUGUUUCUGAGUUUCCUGGCGUGUCUUAGUUUUACCGUUGGUAAACAUGAAAUCUACGAUGGGCAUGCACUCUUCGAAGUACAGAUUCAAAAUGCCGAGCAAAUGGAUUACAUAAACUCCUUGGAAGUUCCCUUGCAAAUAGAUAUAUGGACAUACGCGGCACCUGGUGGACAGGCAGCCGUACUUGUGCCGAAGAAUAAUGUAGAACGAUUCCAAUAUCAACUUUUCAGUUAUGGCAUACAAUUCCGAAUGGAUGUAGAAAAUAUAAAAAUUCUCCUAGACGAAGAAGAAAGACUAAUGAAUGAGGCGAGAAGAAAAGGCACUAAUAAAAAUGGUGGAUCAAAGAUUGGCUUUGACAGAAUUUACAACCUUACUGAGGUUUACACUUACCUAGAAGAUAUAGCUGAAAAUAAUCCAGACUUAGUAACUCUGGUGAACGCAGGAAAAUCAUUUGAAGGCAGAGAUGUUAAAUACCUUAAAAUUUCUACCACCAAUUUUGAGGAUAAGAGGAAGCCAGUAGUUGUUCUACAAUCACUGCUACAUUCUCGUGAAUGGGUCACUUUACCACCGAGCCUUUACGCCAUUGAAAAUCUUGUAGUCAACGGCACAGACCGAGAUCUGGUAGAUGAAAUCGACUGGAUCAUCUUUCCAAUUGCUAAUCCCGAUGGAUACGAAUACAGCCAAACAGAGGUUCGUUUCUGGCGCAAAAAUCGUGCUACGGGAUACAUACCUGGUGAUAUCUGCACAGGCGUUGAUUUAAACAGAAAUUUCGACAUCUUCUGGGGUGAUUACUCAAGUAACAAUGUUUGCUCGGAAACCUUCCACGGUAGUGGUCCAUUUUCUGAACCGGAAGCAAGAAUCGUUGCUGAUAUCUUACAUGAAUACAACAGUCGCAUUGAACUAUUCAUUGAUUUACACAGUACUGGAAGCAUGAUCAUCUAUGGAUGGGGAACCGGUGAUUUACCACCAAACGCAUUCCUCAUGCAUGCAGCUGCAAUCAAAAUGGCCACAGCUAUAGAUGCAGUCAAAGUAUCCUGGAAUCCUAAUUACAGAGUAGGCAAUGUUGCCUUAAUCAUGUACAAAGCAUCUGGUGUCACAAUGGACUAUGGAAUGAAACUCGGCAUUCCAUAUUCCUACGUCUACGAACUGCCAAGACAUAGGAAUUCUACUGGAAUUGAUAGAUUUCUUGUUGAUCCAGCUUUUGUACACCAAGCUGCUUUCGAAACUUGGGAAGGUAUCAAAGAAGGGGCUAGAUAUGUACGCGAUAAAUUAAUAUUAAAUUAA